UCAGCAUCUUUAUUCUCAGAUCUCUCUACUCUCCUCUUUCCCUUUAUCACUUUUUAAAAAUUUUCUUUUUUCCCCAUUAACCAUUUUCUUAUUCGUCUUUCCAUUGAAGAUUCUACUAAGAAAGAAGAUGAACUUAGAAAGAGAGUGAGAAUCGUAAAAACAGUUAAUCACACGUCACCAUGAUCAGAGCUCCUCACUCAACACUCUUCUUCUUCCUCCUCCUCCUCCUCCUAUCAUUCUCCAACGGCGUGAAGUUGAACGAGAUUCAUCGAAGAGUUCUCCACCAGCCACUUUUCCCAGAGACUUCUCCUCCAGAUAUCGACUCCACGCCUCCUCCUCCAGACGCUCCCGAUCAACCUUUCUUCCCUGAGAAUCAUCUCCCUUCUCCUCCUCCUGCUUCCGUCAAUGGCGGAUUACCGAUUCCAACUGCUACUACUACUAGCACUACUACUCAACGGUCGAAACCAGGGACGAAAAUCGCGAUCGUUAUAUCAGUUGGAAUCGUCACGCUAGGCAUGCUCUCAGCUCUAGCGUUCUUCUUGUACCGCCACAAAGUAAAACACUCAAGCGAUACUCAAAAACUCGUUAACGGUGGCGGUUCUCGAAUAUUCCACGAAGAUCCGCGACCACCACCAACGACCUCGUCUACGUUUCUCUACAUGGGAACCGUUGGUGAACCGGUUAGGGACUCUAUUAAUAAUAACGGACCGGUUAAUAAUAAUAAUAAUAAUGAUACGUCUCCGUACCGGAAAUUAAAUUCGGUUAAGAGAUCUGAUCGUUACCGUCCCAGUCCCGAGCUUCAACCGCUUCCUCCGUUAUCUAAACCGCCGCAACAACCUCCACCUCCCUCUUCCUCCUCUUCUUCCGACGACGAAUGCAGAGAGACUGCUUUCUACACGCCCCACGGAUCUACGAUCAGCAGCGAUGACGGUUACUACUACACGGCGUUUCCUCGCUCCGGCUACUCGAAGAGGACUUCUCCGAGGUCGAAGCUUGGCUUUGCAGGAUCUAGGUCGCCGGAGAUGAAGCAUGUUAUUAUUCCGUCGAUAAGUCAGAAACAACCGCCGGAAAAUGACCUUCCUUAUUCACAGAGCAAGCCUAAGUUCUCGAAGCCUCCUCCUCCGCCGAAUCGGGCGGCGUUUCAGGCCAUUACGCAGGAUAAGUCUCUUCCUCCACCACCACCUCCUCCCCCGCCUCCUCAGAUAGCGCCAAAACUCAGCGUUCCAGAAGUAACAAAGCAAUAUGAUAUUUCAAGAAAAGUAAUGUUCAAGACGCCAAGCAAGAAAGCUGUUGAAGGCGGAGACGGAGAGAUGGAUCCAAGCAGGCCAAAGUUAAAGCCACUCCACUGGGAUAAAGUACGUGCAAGCUCUGAUCGUGCCACAGUUUGGGACCAGCUCAAAUCAAGCUCAUUCCAAGUGAACGAAGAUCGGAUGGAGCAUUUGUUUGGUUUCAGUUCAGCAAUUUCAGCGCCAAAGGAACCUGUGAGGAGAAGGUCAGUGAUGGCUCCAGCUGAGAAUGAGAACAGAGUGCUUGAUCCUAAGAAAUCUCAGAACAUUGCUAUUUUAUUAAGAGCACUCAAUGUAACACGUGAGGAGGUGUCAGAAGCUCUUUUAGAUGGUAAUCCCGAGAGCUUAGGUGCAGAGCUUCUAGAGACGUUGGUGAAGAUGGCUCCAACAAAGGAAGAAGAGAUAAAACUCCGAGAGUACUCUGGUGAUGUCUCGAAACUAGGAACAGCUGAAAGAUUCCUUAAAACCAUUCUCGAUAUUCCUUUUGCAUUCAAAAGAGUUGAAGCAAUGUUGUAUAGAGCCAACUUUGAUGCAGAAGUCAACUAUCUAAGAAACUCUUUCCACACACUAGAGGAAGCAAGCUUAGAACUAAAAGCAAGCAGGCUAUUCCUUAGGCUCCUCGAGGCUGUCCUAAAGACAGGAAACCGAAUGAACGUUGGCACUAACCGUGGAGAUGCCAAAGCCUUCAAACUCGAUACUCUUUUGAAACUCGUAGACAUAAAAGGAGUUGAUGGUAAGACCACAUUACUUCACUUUGUCGUCCAAGAGAUCACAAGAUCCGAGGUAACCACAACAACAAUAGACGAAACCACCCUCCAUGGAAACAAAGAAGACGGUUUCAGAAAGCAAGGAUUACAAGUCGUCGCUGGACUCAGCAGAGACAACCUAGCAAACGUGAAAAAAUCAGCAGGGAUGGAUUCUGAUGUACUGAGUGGUUACGUGACAAAGCUCGAAACGGGUCUUGAUAAAAUCAGAGCUUUUAUCAAGACAGAGACAACAACAUCAGGGAAGUUCUUUGUCUCGAUGAAAACGUUUCUCAAAGAAGCAGAAGAAGAGAUCCAAAAGAUCAAAGGAGAAGAAAGAAAAGCUAUGUCAAUGGUUAAAGAAGUAACAGAGUAUUUCCAUGGAGACGCUGCAAAGGAGGAAGCACAUCCUUUAAGAAUCUUUAUGGUCGUGAGAGAUUUUCUAGGAGUUCUUGAUAACGUUUGUAAAGAAGUGAAGACGAUGCAAGAAAUGUCGACAACAAUGGGUUCAGCUUCAGCUAGGUCGUUCAGAAUAUCAGCUACAGCUUCGUUACCGGUUCUUCAUAGGUAUAAAGCAAGACAAGAAGAAGAUACAAGCUCAGAUGAUGAUGGACAAAGCAGCAACUCUUCUUCUACGUGAUGAACACACAAUAUAAAGCUGUACAGUUUUUUUUUUUUAAACACCGAGCAAAGGCAUUGAGUUGGUUAAAAGAGUAACAUACUAUAAUGAUCGAAUUUUCGUUAACGAAUAAGGAACCUAAUUUUUUGUUUGUUUUCUUUUUUGUCUUGAAGUUGAAAAAUAUAUAUUUUGUUUUAGUGAAGAUUUUGUUUCUUUUGGUCUUUUAUAAGCUUUUUUCAUUACAAAAAGUUCGUCAUCGAAGUGAUGAUGAUCACAUAAAUAAGAUAGGUUUUC